CGUUUUAGCUCAUCCGCCUCGUGCAAUGCUAUCAGGUCUCCGUCGAUCUCUGAUGAGUUCUGCUACUCAUUCCAAACGACUUGUUGGGAAAGUCGCUGUGGUGACCGCUUCAACGGACGGAAUCGGGUUUGCUAUCGCUCGAAAGUUGGCCCAAGAGGGUGCACGUGUCGUUGUCAGCAGCAGGAAAGAGACUCGAAUUAAAGAAGCUGUUCGGUCACUGACGGAUGAGGGACUGUCUGUUAGUGGUGUUGUUUGCCAUGUGGGAAAGAAGGAAGAUAGAGAGAACUUGAUUGACAAGGCUGUGAAAGAAUAUGGAGGUCUAGACAUUCUCGUUUCCAAUGCAGCAGUUAAUCCAACAUUUGGUCCAAUCUUAGAGACACCUGAACAAGCAUGGGACAAGAUUUAUGAAGUCAACAUCAAAGCAGCAGCUAUGCUUACUGCAUCAUGUGUUCCUCACUUGGCAAAACGAGGAGGAGGUAGUAUCGUCUAUGUGUCAUCUAUUGGGGGAUUUAAUCCUUUUGAAUUGCUUGGUGCCUAUUCAGUCAGCAAAACAGCCCUGUUUGCACUAACCAAAGCAGUGUCAAGAGAAUGUGGUCCUAAAAAGAUCAGAGUCAACUGCAUAGCACCAGGCAUCAUAAGAACAAAAUUCAGUGAAGCUCUGUGGUCUAAUCAACCUAUCCUGAACCAUUUGCUUGAUACCAUACCACUGAAAAGGAUUGGUGAGCCUGAAGACUGCGCAGGCACUGUCUCAUUUCUUUGCUCAGAUGAAGCACGGUAUAUAACUGGUGAGACUAUUAUCAUCUCAGGGGGAAUGCAAUCCAGAUUGUGAUCAAGUGUGCUCAAAACACUCAACUCAAAUGUAUCUGCAGUGUAAGCUUGGCACUGUACCAGUUUUUGCGGACAUGUUUAGUUUAUUAAUACUCAAUGAUUGUGGAGUUACAUACAGUACAAGACUUUUGCAUUACAAACAUUACAAUGAAUAACUGAUGCAUGUGUGCAGUCCAUGUUUUGUCAACCUUUCCAGAGGUAUUUAUUUGUGUCAGCUGUCUUUUCCCUUUCGCUUAAAUAUCUCUGAGACCUU